CUCGGCUGUGUCGGCAACGACAGCAGCCCCAGCUGGACCGAGACCGGGCGGCGCGAAGCUGACGUACGGAGCAGCGCGAGUGAAGCGUGAGGGUGGCGCCGGCGCCCGGGAAGACCUCCUCGGCGCGGACCGGGCGGACCAGACCCAGGUCCGGGCUGCCGAGGCCCCGCCUCUCGGGUCUUGAGACUAAUCGGAUUGAGAGCGCGCCGGCCCGGCCGCGAACUCGCCAAUUGCCGAGGGCGUCGGCCACCGCCCAAUCCGGGGCAGACAGGUGCGAGGUCCGGAAGGCGGAGACCAAUCAGCAGCGAUUGCGGCCUGCUGGGGCCGGUCUCGGCCAAUGAGGAGGCCCGAGUGACACCUCCGUGAGCCAAUCGGGAGUGAGGGAGCGUUCGUGGCCGCCCGCCCUUCCGGCCUGAGCUGUAUUUACCAGGGGCGUGCAGCCGGUUUACCAAUCAGAGUGCGGCUGAGCGGCCAGGCAGCCAACCCCGGAGGAGCGGCCGGCCGGCGUCCGCCGCGCCCAGGAGUUGGGGAUGUCCUACAAACCCAUCGCCCCCGCCCCCAGCAGCACCCCCGGCUCCAGCACCCCUGGGCCCGGCACCCCGGUUCCUACAGGUGAGGACCCAGCUCCACCCCUGCUCGCCUGCCCGGGCGGUCGAGGUCUCGAAGAGAAGACGGCCUGAGUUCUGCAAUACUGGGCCUGCCGCCUACCUUCGCUGAGCCUCAGUUUGCUGGCCUGGGAAGUGGGCGUCGUCACCUGGGAGUGUCCCAUCGCCGUCGGGCUCGGUGCCGGGAGCCGCUGCCCCUUUCAGACCACUGUUUAACGACUUUGGACCGCCUUCCAUGGGCUAUGUGCAGGCAAUGAAGCCACCUGGCGCCCAGGGCUCCCAGAGCACCUACACAGACCUGCUGUCGGUCAUAGAGGAGAUGGGCAAAGAGAUCCGGCCCACCUAUGCUGGCAGCAAGAGCGCCAUGGAGCGCCUGAAGAGAGGCAUCAUCCAUGCCCGGGCCCUAGUCAGAGAGUGCCUGGCAGAGACAGAGCGGAACGCCCGCACGUAACAGGACGCACCUCCGCCUCGGCGUCUGGACCUUUCUCGGCCACUGCAGAGCACCUCCUUCUCCCUGGCCUUCACCCCGAGAUGCACUUCCCAUCCUGGGCUUCCUGUCUUGUGUCCCUUGGUGGGUGUCCUCCAGGAACCAGGGGGCAGCUCUCACUCCAGUUGGCAGCACUAACUGGGACCCCCACAAGAGUUAGCAGCGAGGUCACCGUGAGUUUCACCCAUGACCUGCCAACAGUGUUGAUCCCACUGGAGCCUUCUCCCUUCUGGGGCCCCCAUCACUCAGCACUUGCCCAGGACUCCCCACUUUUCCUAGACCCCUUCUCUCCCAGCAGGGCCUCGAAAGGCCUGCCACCUCCCUGCCUUGUCUCCUGGGCCAUAGUGAUUCUUUUCUCAGUGUGUCUUUUGCUAAAUAUGCCCUUUUUGUAUAAAUAAAAGAUAAUUUGGAGUUGUUUUCUCA